CUUCAUCAUAUCUCACUUCCCUAGCACAUACCUCUCCUUUACUUAAUCCCCUUUCUCUCACCAAACACAAAAUGGGAGGAACUUCACCGUGUGCUUCCUGCAAGCUCCUCCGCCGCCGUUGCGCCAAGGACUGCAUCUUUGCUCCUUACUUCCCCUCUGAUGACCCCCAGAAAUUUGCCAUUGUUCAUAAGGUUUUCGGCGCCAGCAACGUCAGUAAAAUGCUGCAGGAGCUUCCGGUUCAUCAGAGGGCGGACGCGGUGAACAGCCUGGUGUACGAAGCAAACGCAAGGAUGAGAGACCCAGUUUACGGCUGCGUUGGCGCCAUAUCUUACCUUCAGAACCAGGUUUCCGAGCUACAAAUGCAGCUGGCGGUGGCUCAGGCGGAAAUACUUUGCAUCCAGAUGCAGCAAGAACCGGUGAUACCUGCUCCGGCUGCGAUAGACGAACCAGAGGACAAGUCAUUCCUUCUCCACCCUCAGUACUUCAACUUUGCUUCUUCUUCAUCUAGCAAUGUAAUUCCCGACUACUCUCUGAAUCGAGAGAGCGUCUUCGGACACGACAUGGUUUCUUAAUAAUAAAAAAAAUGUCAUGUA